UAGACAUUAUAUUAAUUCAAAAAACAAAAAAAAUUUGUAAAAGUGGAAGGACUAAAUUAUAAUUUAAUUAAACUCAACCAUUGCAAUGGCCCACGUUGCGUUUAGGCAUCGUUGCGGUACUAACUGCCAGCAUAAGGAAUGCCGAAAUAAAAACAAGUUGGGCUUUGUGGACAAAACGUAUGAGUGUAAGUGUUUAACUGACCUGAAUACUUCGUCACUGUAUUUGGAAAACCUCAUUGACAUGGCAAAGACCUUAGCUGAAGUAAUGAAGAUCUGCGGUAUACAUGACUGCAAGGCGGAUUCGACUGUAGAUACUGUUACAUACAUGCUACUUAAUUACGAUGAAGUUUGUUACUGUGUUGAUGUGUUACCGAGAAAGCGUCUCAGGAAAGAAGAUCUGUUUCAUGAGUUAGGUCGAAAAUGUCUAAUGAAUCGUGUAGAGGCACAUUUAGCUUACGCAAUCAUCAAGCGUGGCUUUAAAGGUUUUUACUACAAGCCAAGUUUCCUAGGCCCUAAUGAAACUAUGCCAUUGACCUGCUAUACAGAACAAACUAUAUGGAUACAUGUAGCUAAAAGAAUAGCUGAACAUUAUUGUGAAUAUAAUAAAUUACCAAUUGAUGAGGCAUUGGGUUUUGAGGCGAAAAUUAAAAAUGCAUUCAAAAGAUACUAUGAACGUAAACAAGACAGGCGAAAGGAGAAAUUAACGAAGAAGUGCACAUGUUGUUUCUGUAACCAGAAGCAAGGUCAUCUUAUCUUCACCAAAGAUGAAGCAUUAGAAACGUAUGCUGAACCUGAUGUGGAGAAAGAGGAUCAUAGAUGUCCACAUUGUUGCAAGAGGAAAGCCAGGCCGGCUCUUAUACACUCCGGUCGUUCACAUGCUAAAUGCAUGAAGUGUUACCGAGCCAAGAUUUACUGCAUAUGUCCGAAAUACGAUUUCAACUUGAAUUACGUGGGCAGUAUUUGGAACCGUCCUGACUUCGCAAAUUACUAUGAAACACAAAUUGUGGCAGCGCAACGUGCUGCAGAGGCAGCUGAAUGUGAUGCUGAAGAACUGCAACGUUAUUGUGCAGAUUGGAACGAUCCACCAUGGCUUAGGUUUAGGACAUUUAAACCUCUAAAUACGGAAUAAGUUAAGUAUAAUAGUUUAAAUCUUCCCGCCAGUUUCAAAAUUUUAAAUCGUAAAUAUAUAAUUGAUUAGAAUUUAAAAAUUAA